AUGGCGGAAGGAAUCGACAGACGCGCUGAAGAGCGCAUGGAGUUUAACACCUCCAAGGAGGUCACUGUGGCCCCGACUUUCGAGGAUAUGCACCUGAAGGAGAGCCUGCUUCGUGGAAUUUACGCCUACGGUUACGAGUCCCCAUCGGCUGUCCAGUCGCGUGCCAUUGUUCAGAUUUGCAAAGGUCGUGAUACCAUUGCGCAGGCCCAGUCCGGUACUGGUAAAACAGCAACCUUCUCGAUUAGUACUCUGCAGGUUAUCGAUACCGUUGUGCGCGAGACCCAAGCUUUGGUCCUCUCCCCAACUCGCGAACUUGCAACCCAGAUUCAGUCCGUCAUUAUGGCCCUCGGAGAUUACAUGAACGUUCAAUGCCACGCUUGCAUUGGUGGAACCAACAUCGGUGAAGAUAUUCGCAAGCUCGACUACGGUCAACACGUCGUUUCUGGAACCCCUGGUCGUGUCGCUGAUAUGAUCCGUCGCCGAAACCUGCGCACCCGUCACAUUAAGAUGCUCGUCCUUGAUGAGGCCGAUGAACUGCUCAACCGAGGUUUCCGCGAGCAAAUUUACGAUGUCUACCGAUACCUUCCUCCCGCGACACAGGUUGUCGUUGUCUCGGCUACUCUCCCCUACGAUGUGCUGGAUAUGACUACCAAGUUUAUGACAGACCCAGUCCGCGUCCUGGUUAAGCGUGACGAAUUGACCCUGGAAGGAAUUAAGCAAUAUUUCAUUGCGGUUGAGAAGGAGGAGUGGAAGUUCGAUACUCUCUGCGAUCUCUACGACACUUUGACGAUCACCCAAGCUGUGAUCUUCUGUAAUACUCGCCGAAAGGUCGAUUGGUUAACCGACAAGAUGCGUGAAGCCAACUUUACUGUGUCUAGUAUGCACGGUGAGAUGCCUCAGAAGGAGCGUGAUAGCAUUAUGCAGGAUUUCCGUCAGGGUAACUCUCGUGUUCUCAUCUCUACCGAUGUGUGGGCUCGUGGUAUCGAUGUGCAGCAGGUUUCUCUCGUUAUUAACUACGAUCUGCCUACCAACCGUGAGAACUACAUUCACCGUAUCGGUCGAUCCGGUCGUUUCGGCCGUAAGGGCGUUGCUAUCAACUUUGUCACCAGCGAUGACGUUCGCAUUCUGCGUGAUAUUGAGUUGUACUACUCUACUCAGAUCGAUGAGAUGCCUAUGAAUGUUGCCGAUCUGCUCUCAUAA